AUGGCUGAGGCCAUCGGUUUGGCCGCUAGUAUCGCUGGUCUUGUUCAACUUACAGGGUCCGUCUUCAAACAAGUGACCAAGUUCUGCAAGGAAGCUAAGGACGCGCCAUCCAAGGCCCAAGAACUUGCCACUCAGGCGAGAGAAUUGGCUGGGAUCUUUGAAAACCUUAGACUGUUGGCUUCGGCUUUGGAAGAUCGACACUCGAACUCGGCGCUUAAGCCUCAGCAUCUUGAGUCGUGUCAGAAGACGUUGGAUGAGAUCAACAGCAAGCUUGAUAAAGCGCAGUCUGACUUCGAUAGUGGCAAAUCAGCGAGGCGUUUUGUCAGAAAGUUAAAAUGGCCCUUUUCCCUACAGGAAACGAAAGAUUUGGUCGCCGAGCUGGCAAAUCAUCGCGCCAAUCUUCAUCUGGCACUUUCUGCGGAUAGUAUGGAUGCGCUGAUCAAGAGUUUGGCCAAGCAGGAUGAAAUCCAUAACAUGAUUGAAAGAAGGAUCAGUUUUGAAACUCGAGUUGAGCUUAACAAGAGACGUAAGGAGGUUAUGAACUUCUUCCUCUGCGUGAAACCUCAGGACUAUCUUGAUGUUAGCCGUGAGCUUCGUCAUGAGGCUACUGGAUCUUGGCUUACCAGCGACGAUUCUACAUUUACGAACUGGAAAAGUGGAUCUAACUCGAAAUUGUGGCUAAGCGGGAUUCCAGGCAGCGGGAAGACAGUUCUUUGUGGGCUUGUCAUUGAGACCGUUCUUGAACAAAGCGAUGAUCUUACAGCAGUCUGUUUUGCGUUCUGUGACUACAAGAACCCAGACUCAUGCCUCCCCGAAAACAUUCUGGCGGCCCUUGCAGUCCAACUUGGUCUUCAGGGUGAAGAGGCCUUUGAUCUUCUUGAAGAAUACUUCGACAUGCUCCAUCCCGACGACAAGCUUCACACCCAACCAAGGUUAGACGAUCUUGUGGAACUGGUUGGAUGUAUGUCCGAAGUCUAUGAGAAAGUCUUUGUUAUAGUCGAUGGGCUGGACGAAUGCGGAGAUCAGGUAGCGCGCAUGACCCGGUCGUUGAAGGCCAUAGUAGAUGGAUCUGAAACCGUCAGCUCCGCCUUAUUCAGUCGAAAGGAGGAAGAGAUCCACGAGGAGCUUGCCGAAGGGUUUGAACACAUUGAGGUCUCAGCUCAUGUGAAGGACCUGGAGGAUUAUACGCUUGCAGAAGUCAGCAAGCGCAAAGUCCUGAAGAACAUCGAAAGAACGAAUCCGGAUCUCUACAAGGAUAUCCUACAUGCAUUGGUACAUGGGGCCCAAGGAAUGUUUCGCUGGGUCGCUUGUCAAAUUGAUCAUAUUUGUAAUCUUCCCAACAACAAGGCCCGAAGAAAAGCUUUAACUGAAUUACCCCCAACUCUGAAUGAGACAUACGAUCGUGUUCUACAAAGGGUCAUGCAGUGUCCUCCUGAAACACAGUCUUGUAUUCGAAGAGCCCUCCAGUGGAUAGCGCUAGGAUCGCCCAAGAUGAAUAUCGCCAGCUUAUGCGAGGCAGUCUCAUUUCAGGAAGAUAUAGAUGUCUUUGAAGCCGAUGACAUUAUCGAACCUGAGGUUAUAUCUCGUAACUGUGGCUGUUUGCUACGAAAAUCCUUAGAUGGGAAUUACUUCGAAUUCGCCCAUUUUACAGUCUUGGAAUACCUGGAGAGGACUGAAGUUGGUGACUUUCGAUACUCUGAAGCAGAUGCCUAUCAGUCAUUUGCACAAGCCUCAAUUGGCUUCAUACUGCUCCCACACUUUGAUAGGGUACCAACUAUCAUUGACACAGUCGAGGAAGCCUACGCCAAAGAGAGAAACCAGAAGCACCCAUUCUACAAGUUCGCGGCGCAUACGCCUCUUGGAAUACAGAGAAGCACAGGUUCUUAUCCCCUCCACCUAAAGAUCCUAGAAGAAGAACCCGUUCUCAACCUUCUCAAGCGCCUCUUCGAUAUCCGCAAGACUGGCAACUUUAGAGCAUGGGCUCAUGCAGUACUGUCUGGGGGGCAGAACGAACUGUGGACUAUGCAUCAACUGUCAAACGGUCCACUACAAUUCGCCGUGUUUCUGCUAAGCCCCAAGCUAUGUCAGUUCCUUAUUGACAGUGGUGUUGAUGUGAAUGUGGUGCGAGAUAACUAUACCCCGCUUGCCAUGGCUAUCGGUCUAGAGGAAAGUGAAUUUCUCGAUGAAAAGCUGUCAGAUCCUGUGUUUAUUGAGCGUGUAACUGGCACAAUCAAGGUUCUUCUGGAUAAUGGUGCUGAUACUGCAUUUGUGGUCGAGGGCAAGAGCUGUAUGGCUCAUGCCAUUGAGUCAUUGGGGGGACAUCAUCUUCUUCAGUUCAUCCGUCCAACGUCUACUGUACCAGAGGAUGCAGUCACGGCCUUUUCUAAUUUUGAAUGGAAAGAUGAGUCCGAUGACUUGGUGCUCGAGGCUAUUCUUCGCUUAGCUGUUGGGGAAAAAGCUUGUCCUCAGUGGAAACCAUUGGCAGCGACUGCGUUGUCCUUCUCUCGUGGACGUGGCCUUAGUUUACAGAAUAUGACUGUCGAUCCAAUGGCUUACAGUUAUAACGACCUUGAGUACCGGCAAGCUCUUGAUAUUGCGUCCAAGUUUGGGUUGGUAGAAGAGCUGUCGAUACUCAUAUCGGAUUCACGUUUUGGUGGUGUUAUUGCUAAGCCGACUGAUUUCGAGCUGUUGAGUGCCGCGGCGAGAAGCACUUCGGCCAACAGCGGCAGGAUAGUCGAGCUUUUUCUUGGAUCUGGCAUCGAUGGAUUUCUGUGUAGCACCUCUGGACAGAACUGUCUACAUAUCAGUUGUGAAUCAAACAAUGCAGAGGUAGCCUCAGUUCUUCUUUCUCGAGGUGUCGAUCCAGGAUCCAGAGACGAAAAAGGUCAAAACUCGUGGCAUGCGGCAUGCUACAACGGACACGAAAAGAUCAUAACUUUGCUUCAGAAAGAAGACAAAAACACUUUGGAGAAUCUUGCAACUAUAGACGAGGAUGGUCGAACACCCUUCUCCGCCACUCUUCACAACGGUCAUAUGAAGCCAGCUCUGGCGUUAUUGGAGAUUCUACCAGCUGAGGCAAAGUACUUCAUGUCGAAGAGUCCGAUAAUGCACGAUGCAGUAGUUACUGGUUCCUUAGAACUGUUAACUGCAUUGCGAGAUAAGGGAGUUACAAACUUCGGCAGCUCCAACUCGGAAUCGACACCAAUGCAUCAUCUAAGCGCCGCAUGCACUCCAGAGUUUGCCCGAUCCUUGGCCGAACUUUUUGAUCCCUUCUGCGCCGAUAAUUCAGGGAAGUUCCCAUUUCAACUAUUCUUCCAGCGCUGGCUUGCUCACAACAUGCCUCUCAAGUUGGACAAGACGAUACCCCUGGACUCCGAGAUAUUGAAGAUUCUCAUUCCCAAGGAUCAGGAGUUUUCGAACUCUGGGAAGGUGACGCACGCCUGGGAGCUUCUUUGCGGUACGCUGGAGUUGGAAGACAUCUGCUGUGAGGCUGGAACCUUUGUCGCCGGUGAAUGCUACUAUUAUUUCUCUAGAGACCUGACAACACUCUUUAAUCAUGGUAUUCUUUCUUCUUUUGAGGGUACAAGAAAUAUAUCUGCUGUGGUUCCGCUGAUUGGAUCGCUUAAAGGUUGGAUAAAGGAUCAUUUCUGCUCAACAUCGAUUGUUACUCUUUUAUCCCAAGUCAUGGACUCUUCAAAGGUCAGCAUUUCGCUUCAAGCAGUCGAUGAUAGCUACCAUCUCUUCAAGUUAGCUAUGUUAAGUGCUAGCCCAGAAGUUGCAGUCAAACUCAUUAGUCUUGGUGUUGAUGUUCAUCGACGGGUCCCUGACCGUAUGUCAGAGAGCCCUAUGUCUCUAUUCGAAAUGGCUUGUGGAGAAGCGAACAUCGAAAUAUUCAAGGCUAUACUGGAGGCCAUUCCUUCUCAAACAAUCAACCACGUUGGUCCGACUGGUCAAAGCCCACUCGAGCUGGUUGUCAAAGGCUCAAGCCUAGAUAAAACAUCUCUGAUCGAAGCACUGGACGAAAAGGGACUUACUCACUUGUCUACAAGCCCUGCAACUCCUUUGAUCAUUGAGGCUGCAAAGCAAAACGACUUGGAUCUGGUAAAGUGCCUAUCAGAUAUUGGACACGACUCCUUUGCCGUUGACUUUCAUGGCUGGGGAGUCCCUCAAUGGGCUACAACUAACCGCCAGCUCGAUAUGCUCAAGUGGAUAGUCAACAUGUCUGCAAGUCCCUCCCAAUGGCAGCUUUCUCCCAAGGCUACAUGGUCAAGCACAUACGGGGCAAAAACGAAGAAACAGAUACUCGAUGACGAAGUCAGUUUGCUACACUUUGCAGCUGACGUACCCGACUUUCUAUCAUACUUCUUCGACAACCACUUCUUUGAUAUCAAUAUCAGCACUUCUUAUGGGAGGACAGUGCUUCAUUAUGCAGCGAUGCGAGGGUCUAUGGCUUGCUGUCUAAUGCUUAUAGAUCAGGGUAUAAAUAUCUCUGCUCAAGACAAAGACGGGAAACUUGCAAUCGACUAUGCCCUCGAGACUGGAUUCGACGGGCUCGCCUCUUUACUGCUAUCAUUGGGAUCUCCUCUUCCCCGAGGGCAGGUUGCAGCCACAGGAGAUAUGAUAAAGGGCCUAAUAUCCAAUGAAGGACUAGAGCUUGCCCGAAGACGAGACUUUGAGGAUGCUAUUAUGAAAGGAAAUCUUGAGCAGUGCAAGUUGGCUGUCAGUCAAGGGUGUUUGAUCGACAAGCCUUUGCCAAGCUGUCACUCCUGCACCCCUAUCUUUGCUGCUAUAAGAGCUCAGAAAGAUGCCAUUGUCAACUGGCUACUCGACGAAGGUGCAAGCACUAACAGCUCAUUCUGCAAACACCACUCGACUCAGAACUUGUUCUCCUACGCGGUCACUACCAUGGAUUCAGCACCCUUUAUCGAGAAAUUGCUAUCAGCUGCUUUGGAGUCUCAAUCUAUCACCCGGGUACAACUUAUCCACGCUAUUUGCCAUGCCAUUUACAAGAAUACCUUGAACGUCUUGAAACUGAUGUUGAAUCAUUUCAGAAAGAAUUCGAACGACUAUUACAACGCAUGGAAAGGCGGGCUUGAUUCUGCUCUUGGAGGCGACUCAGCCGAACAAUUCAAUUCCGCAUUCAUCAAAUACCCGAAUCCAGUUGUUCCAAACAGAACACCCCUGCAUUUUGCAGCAGCGGUAGGAAAUGUCGAGAUGAUCAAGCUCUUAAUGCAUGAGGGCGCUGAUGUCGAUGCGUUGGAUAAACGUAACGAGACGCCUUUGAUCAUUGCAGCCGGCAAUAAUCAUGUCCUUGUUGUGAGAGAGCUGUUACGGCACAAUGCGCUUGUUGAAGUUAGGAACAUGUAUGGUAACACUGCUAUGUCGUUGGCUGUCAUCAUGGGCCAUUUAGACACGGUAAGGCUGUUGGCAGAAGAGCGACCAUCCUCUUUACAAUAUAGAAGCAUGGACGGGUCAAAUCUACUUUACAGAGCAACACUGGAAACCUCAUCACUGGCGACUUUCAGAUACCUUCUGUCGAAGGGGCUUGAUAUCCAUCAUAAGAGCGACGACGGAACUUCUAUGCUUUCUUUCACUUUGUUUCAAGGCCGAUACAUCGACUACUUGUCUCAGUCCCGGUGGCUCCAUGGACAUUUACCUUCUCAUGCACCAAAUCCAGAGAGCAUUCUCAACAUCGCCAUCAUUUCCUGCACAACGAGCCAAAUCAAGCGUUUAUACAAGUCUUUACCACCCCAUGAUGCGAGUAUUCUGUUGAACAUGAGGGGGAGAUAUCACGGGUCGCCACUAUGUUUAGCGGUACGGAAAUGUGAUGCGGAGAUGACAGGUCUGUUGCUAGACCUUGGAGCGGACGUGGAGAUGGUCGGUUCAUGGUUUGGAACACCUCUUAUGUGCGCCAUUUCUUUCGGGAAUUUGGAACUGGUCAAGUUACUUGUCCGACGAGGCGCAAAGCUGGAAUACACUGAUGAGAAUGGAAACAUGGUUAGCGGACUCGAAAAGAGUCUACCUUAUCCGAAGAUCACUCGGUGGCUACUUGUCGGGAGACUUCAAGACCAGAAGAAGCUGGCAGAAAGAGCGUUCAAUGGUGAAUGCGUUAUUAGACCAUGGAGUGGUAUAGGACAGUACGCGACCAUAUUGAAAGGAUCUUAUCGGCGUCGUUGGGAGGAGUCGACUCUUGAUUACUGUACCAGACUUGCUGGGUUGAAGAAGGUAUUGAGGGGCAAUGCAGUCUUCGCCGCUUUCGUAUAA